CUAUUGUCCUAAAGUCUGUAUUAAAUUCACGUGAUAUUACAAAAACAGGUAUACGACCAUAUUGAAAAUAUACUAUAUUUAGUUCACAUAUAUGAUAUUUAGUGAGAUGAUACCUGUUGUAAGCAUUACUCAAGCACACUCAAGCAGAAGGUUCUAGCAGACGAUCAUAGCUGUGAAACGUCAAGUAACAUUUAUUAUCCGGUUUUAAAAAAUAAUGUGAAGUGUAACGAAGAUGAAUAUAUUCGUAUUACAUCGUAAUCUUCGGAAACGGAUCUGCCUAUCGUUAACCAUAUUGUUACUAGUUAUUCCAGCAUCCGUAUUGCCCUUGGAUACUAGUAACGUGACGAAUAGUUCUUUGAAUCCAGCUGAAAAUUCUCCCCAAAAGAGUUUAAAUACUACUUUGAAAAAUGUAUCUGCUAAUGCUGUUCCGGCCUCCGUAGAUACCAUUAAAACCGAAGACAAGCAAAAGGAUUCAAAUGUAACAGCCCUUAAGACCAAGGAUGACUCGAAUCAAGCAACCACUGCGAAACCACAGGGUUCACUUGCUGCUACAACAACUACACUGCAUGAUACUAGUAAAAAGAUUAUGACAGAGAAAAGUAUACCAAAUGAGGAUCCAUCAACCGAGAAAACUGGAAACUCUAUAGACCCUUUGAUCACUACUGCAAAUAGUGAUAUAAUUAAUGCAACCAAUAUAAGUACCACAACUGUCGCUCCAGCUGAACCAGUAUUACCUGAUAAAGGUUCUGCAGAGGAAGAACACAACAGCUCAAUGUCUAUUUUCUUUGUAUUGUGUGUACUGGCAUUGGGGAUAUUAUUAAUUCAUUUGAUGCUACAAACCAACUUUCAAUAUCUACCCGAGUCUGUGGUCAUUGUUUUCUUGGGUGGAGCUAUUGGUAUGGUGAUAAAUCUGAUGUCUCAUCAAAAUAUUGCAAACUGGAAAAAGGAGGAAGCAUUUUCUCCCACAGCUUUUUUCCUGGUACUUCUACCACCAAUCAUAUUUGAAUCAGGAUACAAUUUACAUAAGGGAAAUUUCUUUCAAAAUAUUGGAAGUAUUAUGGUCUUUGCAAUACUUGGUACUGCAAUAUCAGCUUUUGUUAUCGGUGCUGGUAUCUAUCUCUUAGGCCUCGCACAAGUUGCCUACAAAUUAAGCUUCGUUGAAAGCUUUGCAUUUGGUUCACUAAUUUCUGCAGUAGAUCCAGUUGCAACUGUUGCCAUUUUCCAUGCUCUUGACGUUGAUCCAGUACUCAAUAUGUUAGUUUUUGGAGAAUCUAUCUUAAACGAUGCCAUCUCUAUUGUGCUGACCACUUCUGUCCUGGAGUCUAACAAUGCAGCAACUACCAGCGAAGCUAUUAUAUUGGGAAUUAAUCGAUUUUGCCUAAUGUUCUUUGCAUCAGCCGGUAUCGGUGUUGUCUUUGCUUUGAUCAGUGCUCUUUUAUUAAAGCAUGUAGAUCUCAGAAAGAAUCCUUCUUUGGAGUUUGGAAUUAUGCUGGUCUUCACCUAUGCCCCAUAUGUCCUAGCUGAAGGAAUUCAUUUGUCUGGAAUUAUGGCCAUAUUAUUUAAUGGAAUAGUCAUGUCUCACUACACUCAUUUCAACUUAUCAACAGUAACACAAAUAACGAUGCAGCAAACAAUGAGAACAUUAGCCUUCAUAGCAGAGACGUGCGUCUUCGCAUACCUAGGCUUAGCACUCUUCAGUUUUAGACACAGGGUGGAACCUGCUCUAGUAAUCUGGUCCAUAAUCCUGUGCCUAAUCGGUAGAGCAGCGAAUAUUUUUCCAUUGGCUCUUCUCGUGAACCGAUUCCGUGAACAUCAGAUCACUAAGAAAAUGAUGUUCAUAAUGUGGUUUAGCGGUCUUCGAGGUGCCAUAUCCUAUGCCCUGUCUCUUCACUUAGAUUUCAGCGAUGAGACCCGGCACGUGAUUAUCACAACGACCCUAAUAAUCGUCCUGUUCACCACCUUGAUAUUCGGUGGUUCAACGAUGCCUCUUCUAAAAUUCUUGCGGGCCGAGAAAAAGACGAAGAGUAGUCGUCGCAAGAAGCGGGACAAGGAAGUAUCCCUUAGUAAAACUCGUGAAUGGGGACAAACAAUCGACUCCGAACAUUUGUCAGAGUUGACAGAGGAGGAAAUGGAAGUGUCCUUCUUACAGUCACGGAUCCGUGGAUUUGCCAGAUGGGAUCUAAAGUUCUUUAUACCAUUCUUCACAAGAAGAUUUACGCAACAGGAACUAAAGGAUUGUAAAUCGCAAAUGGCAGACUUGACGAAUCAAUGGUAUCAAGCCAUCAGGAUUAGUCCAAUAGAGUCUGACGAUGAAGCAAUGACUACGGCCUCCACAGCGCAGCUUAACGUGAACAUGGAGACGCAAAGCGAGUCACAUGGAAAAUCGAAGAAAGGACGUCCUAGUCAUGGAAUCUACGAGGAUUGGUCUGAUUAACAUUGACGCAAAUUCACAGCACUUGGCUCUAGGGGCAAACAAUUACUCACGUCAAUAGUUCUUCUUCUUCUUCUUCUACUCACAAAUGAUUUGUUCGCUUAUCUCACCAGAGUCCUAAUUUAGUUUUAAGUAAACAAUUUAUAACCAUUUAGUGACUGUUUGUUGGGCAAGAACAGGCUAUGAUCGAGUCGUACAAAUUUAACCUUUUUUUCUUUCAAAGUAGAAGCAAACGAUUCCAAAUUUUAACUCAUUUAAGCAGCUUUGAUACCAGUUCAAUGUCCUGACCAGAGUAGGCAGGGUUAGGCUCGAUAAAGAAAAGUAUGAUAGUCUCGCAAUUCACGGAAGUCGAUACGCUUGCGAUUGCGUGUCGUUGUCCCUGAGCAUUAUCACUAUUAUCAGUGAGCCAGACUGUCAAUGAAAGAAAAGUUAGAAAAAUAAAUAAAUAUACAGAAAGAGGAUAUCUCUUUAUACCUCUUCAAUUCCAUUGUGUAAUCGUUGUAUGUACCUAGAGUCAUAUGUUAGCUCGAGUACUUAUUAACAUUUCCAGUAUUCCUUUGCCUUAAUUCAUAUUACUAAUUUUUAUGAAAGUCAUUCGCUGUAUUAUACUUGAUUACAAUUCGUUUGCAAAUUUAUAUACGAGAAUUUUCUGAAUAGAACAUUAUCGCACGUAACACAGAACGAAUAUGUGUUUAUGGACAAUAAAGGUGCUAGUUUUAAUACGUA